CGGCGGCGGCGGCGGCUGCGGGCGGUUCGCGGAGCGCAAGGCGCGGGGCGAUUGCCGUCGGGGCACGGGCGGCAGGCAGUGGGCGCAGGCUCCCCGGUGCCCGCCCCUCCGCUGGAGGGGGGGGUGCGAGCGGGCUGCCGGGGAGGGGCCGGCACUGCCGCCGCAAAAUGAGCCUGCUGUCGGCCAUCGACACGAGCGCCGCCUCGGUGUACCAGCCAGCCCAGCUGCUCAACUGGGUCUACCUGUCGCUGCAGGACACGCACCAGGCGAGCGCUUUCGAUGCCUUCCGGCCAGAGCCGCCCGCCGGCGCCGCGCCUCCAGAGCUGGCCUUCGGCAAGGGCCGCCCGGAGCAGCUGGGCUCGCCCCUGCACUCCAGCUAUCUCAACAGCUUCUUCCAGCUGCAGCGCGGAGAGGCACUGAGCAGCAGCGUGUACAAGAGCGCCUCGCCCUAUGGCUCCCUCAACAACAUUGCUGAUGGCCUCAGCUCCCUCACCGAGCACUUCUCUGACCUGACCCUCACCGCUGAGACCCGGAAGCCCAGCAAGAGGCCCCCGCCCAACUACCUGUGCCACCUGUGCUUCAACAAGGGACACUACAUCAAGGACUGCCCCCAGGCACGACCCAAAGGAGAGGGUCUGACCCCGUACCAGGGCAAAAAGCGCUGCUUCGGUGAGUACAAGUGUCCCAAGUGCAAGAGAAAAUGGAUGAGCGGGAACUCCUGGGCCAACAUGGGGCAGGAAUGCAUCAAGUGCCACAUCAAUGUGUACCCGCACAAGCAGAGACCCCUGGAGAAGCCCGAUGGCCUGGAUGUGUCCGACCAGAGCAAGGAGCACCCCCAGCACCUGUGUGAGAAGUGCAAAGUGCUGGGUUACUACUGCCGCCGAGUGCAAUGACCGGACCCCACCGCCUUGCCCACCACCCUCCUGCCAGCCAGAGAAGACGCCACCUCCCCUCUGUUCCUCCGUGUUGCUGCGUGUCUCCGCGUGUGGGGGAGUUCUCGAAGACCUGCGGGUGUGGGCAUGGGGGGGCUUUGGUUCUUGCCUCAUGUGUGUUGAAAUGGUGUUACUGACGUAGCUGCCCCACAGAAGGCCAGGUCUCUGGGACUCUCUACAGGUGGGCCUGGGGUCUGUGUGGAGGAGACGGGGCUGAGCAGAGAUUGAUGCACAGGAUUCCACAAAGCCCUUGGGGUCCCCUGCAGGCUCUCUGAGACCCCCUUCCAGGUGAGCAGCCUUGUAUUGGCCACAAGUGCACUAAAUUUACUGUGAAUCCCAAAGCCUGCAGGGGACCGUCUCCCCACGACUAGCCAGGCCACCUUCUCCGGCCCAGAACCUUCCUGUUUGCCCCAUGUGCAAAGCCACUCUCAGAAAGCCCUAUUUUUGUCCUUUUUAAGUCAGCAGUCAUGGCGAGCUGACACCUGUUCUAGCAGCUGCUGGCGAGUGGGCAUCUCUGCCCCCUGCCCACUUUGAGCCCCAAACCUGCCUGCCUCUGACAUCACAGGCGUUGCACCUGGGUGCUGCACCCCCCACCCAUAGACCUGAGGUCAGGGAUGGAGAAGCAGUGAAUGUUGGACCGUGUCCCACGGUGUGAGCUAGGGCACAUCAGGCAUGGCCUCCCCCACCCGCACCACACACUUUCCCCACUUGCUUGGAUUUUGUCGGCCCCAUUCCCUUCCCUUCUCCUUCACCUCCCACCCACACUGGGUGUCCAUCCUCAGUCGAGGUUGGAGGGCUGAGCGUGGAAGCCACUCUGGCAGGAAAGACACAGAUGUGGCUGCCUGAGACCUAGACUCAAAUGCUCGCCCUGCCGCUGAUGCACUAUGGAACUUGGGAAGAACUUCUCACCUCUGGGCCUCAGUUUCCCCACUGGUUGAGUGAGAGAGUGACACUAGAGAGCAGAGAGGCCCAUUUCAGUUCCGAUGUGCUGGAAUUCAGCCUGGCUGACUGCCAUCUCCUGGAGCAGAGGGCUGCGUGUGAAGAAUUUCACCAGGUCCCAUACUUUACACCACACAUCAGUCGGUCACUUAAGACAUCAAGCUGAGGGAUGCCAGUGCUCCCCUGUCACGCCCUGCAGACCCAGCUCUGCCUGUUGUCCCCCACCCCUGCAAAAAUGAAGGGGAAGAAUCCCCCUCCACCUCACAUGGGGCAACCCAGGAACAAGGUGCAGAACCUCUCGUCUGUAAACCUAGGACAAUGAUUUCCUGCCUCCCGAGAGAGCAGGGAGGCCUCUUGGCUCAUCACGUUGGUCAGGGAGACACUGCCCUGGCAUGCAGGGGGAUCACGCUCCUCCCUGCUCCCCAGUGAGAAGUCCUAUUUUUAUUGUCAUAUCAUCCUUCCUUUCUCCCAGGGACAGGGAGAGAACCAAUUGUCAGGACUGGGUCACUUGAUUUUGCCCCAACAUUAUGCCUCUGUGGGAAAAAAAAAAAAAUCAGACCACGAAAUGGGCCUGAAAUUCAGUGUUUACCACGGCUCAAGGCACCCAACUGGUGCCUCGUCGCCUUUUGUUUUCAAAUGAAAAUGAUUUGUACAACUGAGGAGUUACAGUAAAGUGUUAACCAGGGGUCCAGGGUGCGAGUUGAGGAGAUGGAGUGAGUGUAUUUGCAGCCAGGGGGCUGCAGAUAGAUUUCGGGGGGGGGCAUGCCAUCUGACACUUAAAAAGAGGGUGUUUGCUCCAACCUGAGCCUGAAAGCUGCCUCCCUCCUGCUCGCAGGGGCAAUGCCUGGCAAGUGACUGUGAACACCCUCCCCACCCAUUGGAAAUGCCACUGAGGAGUCCCUGGCCAGCUGUUCCCUGCCUUCUCCAGGGUGUCAAGAGGAGCUGGAGUCGCCCUGGCCCAAGGCUCUCUGUCCCCAAGGAGAAGCUGUCAGUCAUUCCAGGGCACUGCUGAUGAUAAUGUUCCCAGUGGGGGGCAGUGUGCUCUCUGCUGCCAGGACCAGGCCCCAACCCAUCCAGGGACCUGGCCCCACAGGGGGAUGUUGGCUCCAGAAUGCCUGGGGCCUGCCAACUAUGCUGCAAUGGUGGGGGAAACCCACACCCUAAAAAGAACUUGGACUCCAGACUGCCAGAGGCCAGGGCCUUCCACGGGCCAACAGGGGAUGGGCUGUCAUCCCAAAGUGACCUUUUCAAUGGGCUUAUCCAGCUGGCAGCCAUUGCCCCUGCCAUCUGGCCACCGUGGGGGCUGGGCCCUCUGUCGGAGGCAGCCCCUCUGCAUAGUUCUGGCUGAAUUUGGGAGCUCUCUGUGGUCAGCAAAAGCCACUACUGUGCAGGCCGGGUGCUGUGAGAAUUAAGUGCUCAGAGGGCUUGGGAGCCCAGGGGACAAGAAAGUGUGUGGUUUUAGUACGUUCAAAAGGGACAAUCGCUUGCAGUUAGUAGGUCUAGUGAUCUAGCUGGGAGAUAUCAGUGUUUACCCCAUAUGAAGUAUUCAAUAGUUCUACUUGUGAAGUUGUAUUUAUUUUGAGUUAUACUUGACACAGGAUUCCUUUUUUUUUUUUAAAGAAAAAUGCUAUUUGUGUAUUUUGAAAAAAAAAAUCAUAGGUGUUAAAAUUUCUGCGUGGUUACCAAUUUUUCUCACAACACUGAAUUUGUUACCUUUUCCCAAAAAAUCUUCACAGUGAUUUUUGUCUGUAUAUAUUUGAGGGCCUUUUUUUAAGAAAAAGAAAAAGAAAAGAAAAAUAUAAUUGUUUGAUUUUUGAGAUUAAAAAAAAAACAAGCAAAAAAGAGGCAUUUUCAAAACUUCAGAGCCUUCAGGAGGACAAUAGAAUAUCAAACGAAGAUUUCUGGAAGUAUUUUGCAAACCUUCUGUUGAGCUGCAAGAAAAUAUUUAUGGUGAGAACUUUUCUCUUUUGGGGUUAAUUUUUUUUUUUGGUUUGAUUUUUUUUUUUUUUACUAUACUUUGGUCUGUAAAAAGUAUGCAACUGAACUACAUUAAGAAGGAAAUAUUGUCUACAUAGAAUAUUAUAUGAAGUUGGUACAUAAUUCUGAUGAGGAAAAAAACCUUUGCAGUUCUUUAAGCCAUAUUGUUGUUAUUCUGUGUUGUUUUCCUUGGAUGAAAAUAUCAGUAUUAAGUAGCCAGCAUAUUAUUCAAGUGCUUAGACUUAUUAAUAUGUUUCUGUCCUGUAUUUAUACAUAUGUGUAUUUUGGAAAGUAUUGCCUUCUUAAAGGGAAGCUAUUACUAGAUACAUAGCGAAAAAGGGAAUGGUGACCCCUUUGAGCCUCUUCAGCUGAGAAUAACAAACACAGCAUUGUAAUCCACUUUCUCGCACCUUCUUAUUAUAAUCUUGUUAUUAUAGUUAUUAAUUUUGUAGGGGGGCAGGGAGUGGGCCGAGGGAAGAAGGGGCAUGUGACUGACUAGGCCCUCCAGGGUCAGCCAGCUCCAGGGCUGGCCUCCUUGGCCUGGUGAAGGGUCCCCAUCAGCAGGGCCCAGGGAGGGAAGGGAAGCGGCAGGACUUCUCCAUGCCCCUCUUGAUCUUUGCCAUCUGAGCCAUGCUUCCAGGGCCCCAAGCUCUUUGAACUUGGCUUUGUCAACCAGAGCCUUCACCUGUCCUCCGACAUCUAAUAGACUUGAAUCUACACUAAGCGAAUAUUUAACCCAACAUCACUACAUUGUAGCCCAGUGCAACAACUAACCCCAAAGUGUGGGAGGUGUUCCAGCCUUCAGGGAGAUGGCCGAGCUGUCCCCUGGGGGCUGGUGGCAGCAGGCUCCUUGCUCUCUGCUGCCAACCUCACUGUUUGACAUCCUCCACUCCCGUGGGGUGACCCUUUUCGUGUCUGUACCUGUUAAUACAUGUGUGUCCAGCUAAAAAGACAAACAGAACCCGUGGGCCCAGCUCGGAGGGUGCAUGAGAAGUCUCCUGAGCUCUCCGAAGGGCUGCCCUCGGGAUGGCAUUCCGUUGUGUGCCUUAUCCCUGGAGAAUCUGUAUACGGCUUGCCUAUAGAAAUAGAGCCUUUUCAUGCUGUAUUAAAAGGACUUCAAAAGCAA